AGCAAGGCACAACACCACAGCUGGAUGCCCCGCACUCCAUCUGACUAACCUUCUCACUCCGCUCGCUCUUCUCACCUCUCAUCCUUUCUCAUCUCCAUUCCUCCAAUACUUUGCCUCUUCUGUCUUCAGCACAAGUCACAACAGAUUGCAGCGGCGCCGGGACCGACUUGACUGUGAGAGUCCUUUUGAAUGAGCCAUGGCAUGCUGCCAGAAUAGACAGAGAGCAUGUGAAGAGAUGAAAGAAAAAUCGCAGACAGGAGAGAAAAUAUAAAGCAGGACUGUCAGAAAGAUUGGAGCCUUAACAAGAGCUGGCUGGAGAAAGAAAGAUUAAAGAAAUGGAGAUGCGUGCACAAAAAAAAAGUCAGCAUGCGGUUUUGAGUAAGUGAUAUGCAAUGGAUUUGGUGAUAAAGAAGAAGGGGGACGAGAGAAGGAGGCACUAAAAUACAGUUGAGAUAAACAGUCAUGAUGAACAGCCAGAGAAGUGAAGAUGGAAAGAAAUACAAGUGCAACCCCCAGCCGAUACAACCUCCUGUCCACACACACAUGCACACACUCGUCCGCCCACAGUCACCAGAGACCUGAUUAAGAGAGCAGAGCUAUCGAUCUGUGGGCUGGCAGGCUAGGAUGGAUGAGCAGGCAGGGCUGCAGGAGCACCAGAGGACAGCUUCAGUGCCCCCAAAUCCCCUCGCCACCCCACCCAACCACCCACGCCAGAGCUGGGAGUCAGCCAGGGCCACGGGCAAGAAGGCUGGGUCUGCCACGCCGAGGCUGCUGCCAGCAACGGAGGGUCAGAAUCAAAACUGAGGAGUGUGGAGCUGGUGUGCGGUAAUAGGUGCACUGUACUGUAGGUGUGUGCGUUUGGGGAUGGAGGAGGGGUGCGCACUCAGGAUGGGUUUCAGUGCUCGCCGCGUGCACGCAGAGGGAGGGGAGGCUGGUGGAUAUUCCCUGGACUCGAGCUUGAUGGAGUACUCGUGCCCUUGAACUGUCUCCACCUCCCCUUUCUGUCUCAAACACACACACAUUCAAGCACACUCUGCCUAUGUUUGCUGGAGCGUGUUGGAAGAGGUUGUCUGCAGAUGGCUGCUUAUUGGGCCCCAGGGUCCUGGAGGGUGGGUUAUGGGGGACACCGGUGAGGUUGUUUAUGUGUUGGAGAGUUUGGACAGAGUGGCAAAGGUUUGAAAGAGGGUGAUGUUACAAAGAGACAAGGAGAGAGUUCGUGUUAUGUUUUGCCGUCCUUAGUCACAAUUUCACUUUUCAUGUAAGCCUGCCUGCAAGGUGAGAUUUCUUUUUCUGGGCGAAUUUAGCCUGCUGUUCAGAUGAUGGAUGCAUUAAAUUAUGACAGGAACCAGGUGGCAUCACAAGCUAACAAACGAUUGAAACCGUAUUGCAUUUCAAAAAGAGUUUUCUUUUAUUGCAUCAGGCACGCUGAUCAAAUGCCACUUCAUUCAAUCAUUGAUUCAUUUUCUCCACCCGCUUUUCAGAAUCGGAUCCCGGCAAACACCUGGUUGAAGGCAGCAGGCGGUUUGCAGCUUCGUCACAGGCUGGACAUGGCCUGUGGGCAGUCAGUUGACUAGCAAACAGACCAAAGGAGACAAGAACAGAAGUCUCAGUUCGUCAAUGUGGCCUGAACAUGAAAGCCAUCCAUCAUGAAUGAUCCUGGAGAAGAAAGAAGUUCCUCCCUCUUCUCUCUGAAUUCUGACUGCAUAAUAAACAGGUAUGGAGCUCUGCAGAUCCUCACCGCAGUGAUGAAGAGCUGCUUCCUCAGGCCCUUCACCCAUGGAGAAGUCAAGGAAAGGGGAUGGUCAGAGUGAAGAGGGACUGGAUCAUCCCUCCAAUCAGAGUGUCAGAGAACAGCAAGCAGGUUCCAGAAGACCUUGUGCAGAUCAAAUCAGACAAAAUCUUUACAGGUGAGGUGAUUUACAAGCUAGAGGGACCGGGGGUGGACCAGGAGCCCAAGAAUCUGUUUGAGAUUGAUGAUAAAACAGGAGUAAUCAGGAGCAAGCGACCACUGGACCGAGAGAAGCACAACAGCUUCACGCUGAAAGCCUUUGCGCUGUCCCCCAGUGGAGAGAGACUGGAGAAUCCAACCACCAUAGAAAUAGUGGUGCUGGAUCAGAACGACAACAGACCUGCCUUCACUCAGAGCCAGUUUGUUGGGACUGUCUCUGAGUUCUCAGUCCCAGGCACGUCGGUGAUGUCAGUAUCAGCCACAGAUGCAGACGACCCGAUGACAGAAAACGCUGCUCUGAGCUACUCUAUCAUUGGCCAGGAGAGCAUUCCUGCCAACGCUGUUACCAAGACUAUGUUUGGCAUCAACAACCAGACAGGCGCCAUUUACACCAGAGAUGUUGGCCUGGACAGAGAGGUGGUGAAAGGUUUCAGAUUGAAACUACAGGUUGCUGAUAUGGGGGGCAUGGGAUUAACAAGUGAAGGUGUGGCAAUCAUACAUGUAUCUGACAUCAACAACCACGCACCACAGUUCAGCCCUGCAUCGUACAGCAUGACAGCAGUGGAGAACAGGUACGACUAUGAGAUUGGUCGAGUGAACGUGACAGACAGAGAUGAUGAAGGGACAAGAAACUGGGAGGUCAAAUAUUCCAUUUCUAAUGACGCUGAUGGCCACUUUUCCAUCAGUACGGAUCCAACCACCAACCAGGGGAUUCUGACCGUGGUGAAGCCUCUGGAUUACGAAGCACAGAAGGAGCACGUCUUGACUUUGACUGUGGAAAAUCUCAAUCCUCUGAGCAACAAGGCUCCCAACCUGCCACUGAGCACCGCCAAGGUGGUGAUCACCAUAGUGAACGAGAAUGAAGCCCCACGUUUCAGAGAGGAGCCCAUACAGAUCGUGGCCCUCGAGUCUGUGCUUCCUGGGACUCUACUGAAGAGCAACUUCGCCUUUGACCCUGAUAAUUCUGACCUGAGGUACGAGAUUAUCAGAGAUCCUGAGAGGUGGCUGGAGAUCAACAGAGAUACGGGAGACAUUACAGCGAGGAGAACCUUUAACAUGAGAUCUCCACAUGUUAAAAACAGUAUCUACACUGCAGUUGUCAAGGUUACAGAUGCUGGGGGUGUAUCAGCCUCAGCCACAGUGGCCAUCACACUGAAGGAGACCAAUGACUUCCCCCCUCAGCUCUUCCCUCUGAGUGGUUCUGUAUGCAAAGGUUCCAGCAGUUCUGGUCUGAUUCUGACUGCUGUGGAUGAAGAUCUCCCUCCGCAUGCUGCACCCUUCUUCUUUGAGAUACCCGAUGAUUUAUCAGUCAACUGGACUGUUGUUCAAGUCAACAGCACUCAUUCGGUGCUUCAGCCUCUUGUAGAGCUGGAAGCUGGAGAAUAUGCCGUCACAGUGCUGGUGUCAGACUCUGGCAGUCCAGCUUUGGGUGCUUAUGCUCAGGUCAAUGUCACUGUGUGUUCCUGUGACGCCUUUGGAGACUGUAAAUCAGUGGCUGGGACUCUCUUAGGCUCCAGUGUGGGAAUCAACUUCUUCGCUCUCAUCAUCAUCAUGGCCAGUAUUGCGCUCCUACUGCUGCUGCUUCUGCUGGCUGUGGCUUUGACCUCCUGUGGGAGACGCCACCAUAUCAAGAAAGGAACGGCUCUGCUUGUUGGAGAGUCAGAAGACGACAUACGAGACAAUGUGUUCAACUACGAUGAGCAGGGAGGGGGUGAGGAGGAUGAGAAUGCCUUUAACAUCGACCUGUUGUGGAAUCCCCAUGAUGCACCUUCAACCCCGGGGUCCUUCUACCCAGGGUCUGGCAUCCCCCGAGGCAAGCAGCCCCUUAGGAAGGAUGCCCCACAUAACCUGCCCUCCCCAACUUACCCACGGAGGCCUCCUGCAGAUCCCACUGACAUCGAGGACUACAUCAAUGACGGCCUCGAGGCUGCAGACAACGAUCCUAAUGUGCCUCCGUAUGACACAGCGCUGAUCUACGACUACGAGGGAGAAGGCUCGCUGGCAGGCAGCCUCAGCUCCAUCGCUUCAGGCAGCUCUGACGAAGAUCAGGACUACGACUACCUCAACGACUGGGGACCACGUUUUCAGAAACUGGCCAACAUGUACGACCCACGUUAAGGGUUGGCAGCACCGCACAGAAAGAAGACCUGUGUGAUUCACCAGCAGUUAGGGACACCGAACAUGCCUCUGGUGUUUUAUGGACACAUAUGAAAAGAUUUUAGUCCAGGACAAGAUUUGAAGUGUGCCAAGGAAAAAUAAAUGCUAUGCAAAACUAUGGGCCAUAAAUCUGAUGUGCCUUUUAUUGAGGAUUAUUUGGACAGAACUGACACAAUGGCUCACUGCAAAGUUUUGUGGUUAGCUCAGGAAAAGUAAGAGAAAAGAAAACUGUGUGUUCCUGUGAACAGCCAUGAGGAAAAGAAGCGUACAUGCUUCAAGGCAGAACGUGUGUUGAAAAGUGUGUCCAAGUCUGCUGUCGUUGUUUCUCUUCAGACUUGGAGGCUAAGUAAUGAUGCAUACAAGCCCGAGAUACUGAAAAACGUAUUUUAAAUGUAUUUCUUUUUUAUAUAAGGGGUUAUUAUUAUUUUAUAAGAUGAAUUUGCUUUGAUAUUCAUUUUGUUUGUUUUUAAUCAGAAAUCCUCCAUUCCAGCAUCCGUUGAUCUUUCUGGAAGUCAUCUCUGCACAAAUCAUCCUGUAACACCCACUAUUCUGCAGUCAUUGUAUUUGAAGGUGAAGUCUUGUACUGUUUUUUUUUUAUGUUCAUUGAAUUUAGAUUUUACCAGCAUCUACAGAAUAAAUGGAAAUCUUUUA